AUGUCCAUAAGAGUCCAGUUCCCACUUGACCCAAACGCAUACAAAAUCUUGGAUGAGAUUGGUGUUGGUGUUAGUGCCACAGUUUACAAAGCAAUAUGCGUCCCCAUGAACUCAACUCUUGUUGCAAUCAAAUGCAUCGAUCUUGAUCAAUCUCGAGCCGAUAUUGAUAGUCUCAGACGUGAAACCAAGACCAUGUCAAUUCUUUCACACCCCAACGUUCUUGAAUCCCAUUGUUCUUUCACUGUUGAUCGCCAUCUUUGGAUGGUUAUGCCUUUCAUGUCUGCUGGUUCUCUCCAAUCCAUAAUCUCCUCUUCUUUCCCUGAUGGCCUACCAGAGCCAUGCAUUGCUAUAGUUCUCAAGGAAACCCUAAACGCAUUGUCUUAUCUUCAUGACCAAGGGCAUAUACACAGAGAUGUCAAGGCUGGCAACAUUCUUAUAGACUCAAAUGGAAAAGUAAAGCUCGCAGAUUUUGGCGUAUCAGCCUCGAUAUACGAGUUGAACACCUUUGAAAGACCAUCCUCUUUGUCUUACUCAUCAAGCAUGAGGUUAACUGAUGUUGCAGGGACCCCAUAUUGGAUGGCACCAGAGGUUAUACACUCACACACAGGUUAUAGUUUCAAAGCUGAUAUAUGGUCUUUCGGUAUCACUGCGUUGGAAUUAGCCCAUGGUCACCCUCCUUUGUCUGACCUUCCUCCAUCAAAGUCUUUGAUGAUGAAGAUAACAAAGAGAUUUCGGUUCUCUGAUUAUCAUGAUGAAAAACACAAGAAGAAUUGCAGGAACAAAAAGUUCUCUAAGGCUUUUAAAGACAUGGUUGCUUAUUGUCUUGAUCAAAACCCUUCAAAGAGACCUUGUGCUGAUAAGCUCUUGAAGCAUUCUUUCUUCAAGAACUGUAAAGGAUUAGACUUUUUGGUCAAGAAAGUUUUGCAAGGGUUGCCAAGUGUUGAAGAAAGAUUCAAAGAAACAAGGGCUUUAUAUGGGCCAUCAAGCCACAGUAGUACUGAUAUUGAAGAACAAGUGAAUCAGGAGGAUAUUGAGGUUGACUUUGUAUUUCAAAAUGUGAAGACUAGAAGGAUAAGUGGCUGGAACUUCAAUGAGGAAGGGUUCCAGCUUGACCCAGUAUUCCCUACUGACUCAAAAAAUGAUUCAGUUGUGAAACAGGUUCGUUUUGGAGGCGAGUCCUUCAUUCCAGAAAAGAAAAUUGAGUUCAGCGAGUCUGAUGGGUCAGGUGAGUUAAUUGACUCAGCCCAGUCAUCAAGUCUGAAUUCACCAGCUCCAGUUGAAGAAGAGAUGAGCCGAGUGGGAGGAUCUUUUGAGGGUUUAAAUCAAGAGACAAUGUUAAGGGGUUUAGUGGCAUUAAAGAGGAGCUUGGAGGAGCAGAGAAGGCAUGUGGCAAUUAUAAUUGGUCUGCUAGGAGGGGAGACGAAUGGAGAGGAGCAAAUGGUGCAAAUGAUUGAGAAUUUGAAGGGGGAAUUGGACCUUGAGAAGCAAAAGAACUUGAAGGUCGAGAUGGAAUUGGAGGUUCUCAAGAUUGUGAUUUCUGGGGCAUUUGGUGCUGCUGCUUCGUUUACUAAUUGA